AUGGGUACCGGUGGACGCUUGGCGGAAGUAUCGUCGUACAUUGUGGAAUUCAACAACCACAUUCAAUCGUACUUCAUUAGCAGUACAUACGGCAACGAAACACUCGUUAAUCGAUGCCUAGAGAAACUUGCGUCCGAUGGAGAUUGCGGAACGUUCGAUGUCGGGGCGUACGAGUGCAACGUUUUCCUCGUCAAUCUGCACAAACUGCUGGGCCACAGCAUGAAGAAGACUCAGCUGCUGUGGUCCGUGGUCGGGGUGCUGGAGGUGGCCGUGAACGAUGAGCAAACGCGCUUGGCACUGGUCAACAAGUUUCGCUUUCUGCCUGUACUUUCGCUACUGCUGCUCGAGCUUCACACUGUGGACCAGCAGAAACGGGUUCUGUCCCUUCUGCACUACCUGACCUACGGUGCCGCGAUCGAUGGGCAGGAGAUUUAUGUUGAGAAGCUGAUAAAGAAGCUGCUCAGCGUGAUCGAACAAAACCAUCAGGCCAGCGACCGCUGCGAGUUGGUUCAGCUGGCGCUCUCGAUACUGGUGAACCUGUGCCACCGGGAUCUGUCCACGACGUUCGUGCUCACGCGUAACACGAACAUCUCCCGGCUGUGUAACCAAAUCAAGCAGUUUGGUCUGCUGGCCUGUCGCAUGUACAUCGUGUUGGAGCAGAACGACUACAUCAAGGAAAUGGAUCUGCACUAUCUGCUGCGGAUGAGCUUCGAGGAGGUGCGGCUUUUGUUGGCGUCAAAGAACAGCUUCAGCUUGCGCCAUGUAGUGGACUUUUUGCGGUACGUGAAGACCUUGAACGAUAUGCGUGAGAGCGAACCCGUGAAGGCAGCCCUGACGGACGAAUACUUCAGCCGUGAUGUGAAGGAAUUCUUGCAAUCGAUUGAAACGUAUUGGGACGAUCAGUCGAAGCUGGACGAGAAAAGAGACGGGUCGAAAAAAGCCAAACUUAAAACGGACUUUCGGAGCACUACGGAUGGGUUGUUCGACAUACUGGAGUGUAUCGUGUCGCUGAAACCGGACGAUGGUGAACUGUACCGCAAAAUUUGCGAAAUCGGUCCUAUCCGGCUCAUUAACAAUGCGCAGGAGGAUUGUUCGAAGGCCGUCGAUUUGCUGCGCACCAUUCUGGAGAAACACCCGAAGGACACGGGCUUUGCGGCGGGCUGCAAAGCGGUGCUCGGUCCGUUGAUGGAGAUGAUUUCGAACAAUGACGAUCUGCCUCUCGUGGCUGCCUUCGCGCGACUACUCGCCGCGAUCGGAAGAUCGCUGAACGCAACGGAUGAGACAAUGGACCAGAUUGCGGAACAGUUCUAUCAGCAUGUGUUCGGGCAGAUGUUGAAUCAAUCGCGUGACGCUUGCUCGUUUGAUUAUUCUCUCGGUAAAGGACCGUCCCGGAUGUACCUUUGGUCGUUGCACGCCUUCAACGAGCUUGGCCACCUCUCUCCUACACUGUGGUAUGCGAAAGUAGCGAAUCUGCUCAAGCAGAAACCGAUUCAGUUCCUGAUCGCCAAAGGACUUACGGAUGGUGGUGAUGUGGAGUUGUUGGAAGCGAUGCUACUGGUAGCUACGUCGAGUGACUUUCCGAAGCGCAAGGUCGCUUUAAUGAUAGAAAUGGUGAAAAAUAAUGUAACAACGAACACGACGACAAAUGGCAGCAGUUUCAUGACCGCACAGGACCGACUGCAACCUAUGGGGCCGCCAACGGGAUACUCUUUCAUCCGCGUCAUGGGUAGAGAUCUGCAGGAACGGAUGGAUCAAACGGUGGUGCAGAUGCAAGAUGCGAAGGCGGCAGGGCUGAUAAACGAUGUGGAAAAGUCGGAGCUGGUCGAGUUCUACACGUACAAGAUUAACAUGCAAACGAACCUGAUGAUGGACUUGCGCAACAGCCUGGAAUCGACUUCUUCCCAAAUCACGACGCUGAUGCACCAGAACCAGCUGCUGAUGGCCGAAAUCGAAAAGAGUCAGAAGAAAAGCUUACCACUUCUUUUGAAGGAAUCUGCCUUGGAAAACGAAAACCGACUCUUGGAACGAGAGCUGGUCCAGAUGAAGGCGGCCGCCGCGUCGUACGACAAGAAGAUGAGCCACAUGAAGCAGGAAAUGUCCGAGUACGUUAAGAAGUACGGUGAAAAGAGCCAAAAGUGUGCGGCACUGGUCAAGGAAAUCGAACACCUUCGCACGCGAGAUAACAACUACGAAAAGGAAAACAAGCGAUUGCUACAGGAACUGGCAAUGAUGACCAAGAAUCGUGAUGAUGCGCGUAAACUGUUGAAAGUAGGUGAAGAGGAUCGACAGAAGCUCACCGAGCAGCGCGAUGCCGAGCGCAAACAGUUCGAGUGUAAGGUGCGCGAGCGUGAGCGGGAAAUUUCGAAGCGCAACGAUCUGGUGCAGCAGCUGGAAGCAACAUUGGUACAGCGGGACAGCUCAAUUGAGUCGCUGGAGAAGAUUUCGAACGAACUGCGCGAGAAGGUGAAAGAACGCGAAGAUCGUAUUGUCCAGGUUGAGUCGGACCUGAAGGAAAGCGAGAGGAUACAGCAAGCGAUCUACAGUUUGAUGAACAAGAGUAAAAAGUAG